AUAAUGCUAAUAUAUUAAAUAAUUACUGUGCUUAAAGUAAAUAACUCCAAUUAAAUAGUUGUCUGAAAAGCUUCUGCUAACCAGUUACUACUUCCAUUCAAGAUGGCGACGUUAGGUGCUGCCGUCCGAGUUUCUCCUUUGAUUAAGUUUGGAAGGUGGACGGCACUUGUUGUUGGCCUCCUUUAUGGAAGGAGUCACUUCAAGACGCUGAGUGCGCAAGAGGUAAUCAUAAGAGAAGAGGAGGCCAAGCAAGCUGUCAUCCGAGAGCAGCAGUUGGCAGAAGAAAAGGCAAAACUUAACAGAUCGGAGUUGCUGGUUCUCGCCAAGGAAGCAGGAGUGACAGUUCCACCUGACUUUUAAGUUAAUGAUGGCUUCGUUAGUGUGCAAGUUCUCAGAAUGUGAAGGAAAGCCCUUUGGCAUGUGAUGUAUAAAGUGUAAUAAUUCAUAUUUAAAGUUUUA